AUGUCGUGUUCAGUUGUCGUCUGUAACUCAUCGGUGUUUUCUCCGUCGUCGUCUCUUUUCUGUACCAAAACUUCCAUCAUCUCUCCUUCGCCCGAAGCUUUGAACUUGUCCUUGACCCACCUCAAAACUUCAUCGUCUUCCCCUGCUUCUCCAUCUUCCCCUUUUAGGAUUAGGCUUCAAAAACCGCCAUCUGAGUCGUUGUUAUCAUCUUCUAAUUCAGUAUCAUCGUCUUCAUCGAUGUCGAUGAUUUUUAAGAGGAAGAGGCCAGCGAGGCUAGAUAUCCCGGUAGUGACGAUGUCUUUUAGGGUUUUAGCAACAUCGUCUGAAGUGGAGAGAAAGCUAGAGAGAGAAGGAGAUUGUUAUUCGAUUUAUUGUAAAAGAGGGAGGAGAGAAGCUAUAGAAGAUAGAUUCUUAGCUUCAGUUGAACUUCAAGGAGAUUCAAAAUCAUGCUUUUUUGGCGUUUUCGACGGUCAUGGAGGUGCUAAACCUACAGAGUUUGUAGCCCAAAAGUUGGAAAAGAACAUCAUAGAUGAAGUUAGAAGAAGGGACAUAAGCAAAGUGAAGGAAGCUGUUAAAAAAGGUUAUAUGAAAACAGAUGCUGAGUUUCUUAAGGAAUAUAUCUCCAGUGGCACGUGUUGUGUGACAGCUUUGAUCCAUAAUGGAAAUCUUAUCGUAUCGAACGCCGGCGAUUGUCGUGCCGUUAUGAGAAGAUGUGGUGUUGCCAAACCUCUUACCUCAAAUCAGCGACCUUCAAGGGAUGAUGAAAGAAACCGAAUCCAGUCUUCGGGUGGCUAUGUUGAAGAAGAAGAAGAGUCAGUCAAAAUUGUGGUCAACGAUCCACCUCAGUAG